AUGAAGGUCGUUCUCGUAAACGGUGGUGUCAUUUCUGGUGUCGGCAAAGGCAUUAUUGCCAGCAGUGCCGGUCUGCUUUUGAAGACCCUGGGUCUCCGUGUCACUGCACAAAAACUAGACCCGUACCUGAACACAGAUGCCGGACUCUUGAACCCUCUCGAGCACGGAGAGUGCUUCGUUCUGGCCGAUGGUGGCGAGACGGAUCUGGAUCUCGGAAACUACGAGAGAUAUCUCGGCAUUCAGUUGAGUCAUGACAGCAACAUGACCACCGGCAAGAUCUACAAGCUGGUCAUUGACAAGGAGAGGCGAGGAGACUACCUUGGAAAGACUGUUCAGGUCGUUCCUCACAUCACAGACGCCAUCCAGGAGUGGAUCGAGCGCGUCGCAAAGAUCCCAGUUGACGAUUCCGGCGCCGAGCCGGAUGUCUGCAUCAGUACUGAUCUCGAGUCUGGUCCCUUCAUUGAGGCACUGGUUCAGCUCAGACACAGACUUGGCCCAGAGAACUUUUUCAACAUUGGCGUGUCAUACGUCCCAAUCAUCAACGGAGAGGAAAAGACCAAGCCCACCCAGAAUGCCAUAAGAUCGAUGCGAAGUGCUGGUCUCAUUCCAGACGCGAUUGCCUGUCGCUGUGAGAGACCCCUGGAUGACGGCACGAUACACAAGGUCGCUAGAAGUUGCCAAGUCGAGUUCGAGCAGGUUAUUGGCGUGCGUGACAUGGAGACCAUUUACCAAGUUCCCCUUCUCCUAGAGGAGCAGGGCUUGCUGAAGCUGCUGCGCAAGGGUCUGGCCCUUGAUAAGCACGUGCUGUCCCCCGACAUGGUCAGCAAGGGUUCGGCUCUGUGGGAUCUCUGGAAGAAGACAGUCGUGCCCGAGCAGCACCUCGCUCCUGUCAACAUUGUCCUGGUCGGCAAGUACGUCGCUCUCGAAGACGCCUACCUCAGUGUCCGAAAGUCGCUUGAGCACUCCUCCAUGAGAUGCAAGCGGAAGCUGAACCUCAUCUGGGUUGAUUCCGAGCACCUCGAGCACGAUAUGCAACAGAAGGACCCGCCCAAGUACCACAACGCCUGGAAGGCUGUCUGUGAGGCUCAGGGUGUUCUUGUCCCUGGCGGCUUCGGCUCUAGAGGAGUGGAGGGAAUGAUUGAGGUCGCCAAGUGGGCACGCCAGCGCAAGGUUCCUUUCUUGGGUAUUUGCCUCGGAAUGCAGGUUGCCGUCAUGGAAUACGCCCGUAACGAGAUGGGUCUCAAGGGUGCUACUUCUGAGGAGAUUUCUGCUCACGCAGAGAACCGCGUUAUUGUCUUUAUGCCCGAGGGUUCCAAGGAGCAAAUGGGUGGCACAAUGAGACUCGGCACCCGGACAUCCCACUUCAAGCCCGGCACCGAGUGGAGCAAGCUUCGCGCCAUCUACGGUGGCGGAGAUGUUGUUGAGGAGCGUCACCGACACCGUUACGAGGUCAACCCCGAUUACAUUGAGAAGCUCGAGGAGGCUGGACUUUCCUUGACUGCUCUCGAUAGCCAAGGCGUCAGAGUUGAGUGCAUUGAGAUCAAGGACCACCCCUUCUUCGUUGGUGUGCAAGCACACCCCGAGUACACCAGCAAGGUUUUGGACCCAUCUCCCACGUACCUUGGUUUUGUAGCCGCUGCUUCGGGGUGCCUCGACCAGAUGAUUGAGGAAGCUAGCCACGGAAAGGGUCGCGCAUCUCACUUUUAG